AUGUCAAGACCUUCACCAUCUUUAAUCCGAUCAGCAUUAGCUCAAUCUUCCAUCCAGACCUUUCGUCCAAAGUCACAUAUCCAAAUUCGAACACUCCUCAACGCGGCUUCAAGGUCAGGAAUCAACACAAACUCAAUAGACUACAGGAUCCUAGAUGGUGUCAACGGCUUUUUGGAAAAAGGGAAUUUCGAUAGAUUGCAAGAAUGGCAAGUCGGUUUAUGGAAUAGAUUACAAGGAGAAGUGAAUAACAACCCCGCACUCAUCGAAACGAAACAGAAAUGGGAUAAAUACGGUCUUGAUAUGACUGAUCUGAUAUCAACAACUGCAAGAGAUAAGAAUCUUACUUUGGCGUAUAACUAUGCUGCGCUACUACUGAAUAAUAGUUUUUUCUUGGAGGGACUGACCACCGAUAACGCCCAAGAAGUUCCAACAGAGUUCAGAGAUCUUCAAGAGAAAGUAGAGGCAUAUGCCGAUGGAAUCGUGGGCGGAGGGUGGUUAUGGAUCGUACGAUCUGGAGAUUCUUCUUCUGACCUUGAUGUGAUCCCAACAUUUGCAUCUGGAACACUUCUCGUUUCAUCUCGAUCUCAACGUGGAAGAGAAUCCACUUUACCUUUAUUCGCCGAACCACCUACAUCAGGAUCGACUGAACCAUCCUCCUCAUCUACCGAAUCAGAUUCUUCCUCUUCUACCACCAACGACGUAUCGCAAGCUUCAGCACCAUUGAAUAAACGAUCAGGUAGAUCACAUUCGCACAGGAUUCAAUAUCCCUCACCAUUAGCUGUUUUGAACUUGUACGAACACGCGUAUUUAGGUCAGAAAUAUGGUGUUUGGGGUAAACAACAGUAUGCCAAAGAUUGGUGGAAAAAUCUUGAUUGGAAAAAAGUUCAAAAGAGAAAUUCAGAUAUCGCCGCUUAA